GUGAAAAAGUAAAAGGGCUAUAUUUAGCUAUUAGUCCAAAUGGUGAUUUUGUAGUAGAAUUUGUAUGGCAAUUACGCGCGUAUAAUGUUGAGAAUGAGAAUGUUAAGGAUUCGGAGAAAAAUAACUACUUGGGUCUGAAAAAUGGACUAUCGUAUAGAAAAUUUUCUGAAUUUGUCAUAUCUAAAAAUACAUUUACAGAUAAGCAAUCUGAAUUGACCAAUUCUGAAAACAAACUGAAUCAUUCAAUUGAAAAAGAAAUAUUAAGCCUAGAUAAAUACGGUGGAAUAGUCAAAUUGUUUUCGAAAAAUGAAGAUAAAAAAAAGUCGGAUAAGGAUAGCCAAAAUAUGGAUAAAAAUACCAAUGAAGAUAAUUAUCAAAAUAUAGAUAAAUCCUUUCUUUAUCCUACUAUUAAAAUUCAAAGUUUAGAUUAUCCAAAGCGAAUACGUAAGGCCUUAAAAUAUAACAAUUUUUCGGCUGAACGAACUUUUUUGGAUAAAAAUUAUUAUCAAUUGGAACAAUCAAACUCUUUUGUAAUUGUUGUUAAAAACAAAGAAGAAGAAGAAAUGGAAUUCUCUGAAGAUAAGCAAAUUUAUGAUGAUUUAAUUUCAGAUCAUACAUAUUCAAAACAAAAAGGUUUUGCAGAUACAGACAAUAAGAAGUUUUUUAUUUUUGAUCUUGAUAAUCGAAAAUCAGAAUUAGAUAACUAUUAUUAUAUAAUUGAGCCUUGGGUGCGGCUUGAGAAAGGAGGAGCUCCACGAUAUUCAGUUUAUCUCGACAAAGAAAAGGAAAUUCUACUUUUGAUCGGAAGUGAUACAAUUCAGGUUUGGCAUGAUCGAGCUGCUGAAAAAAAGAGGACCCUUGAAUUCAUUAGUGUGAUCGAUGAUAAAAAUGAUAUUAACCAUAUUGAGUAUGAAAAUAAAAAAUUUAGAAUUACCAAAAAAUCUCAAUCCGUAAUUGAAAUGAGUUGUGAUGAUGACUUAACCAUUACUGUAAUAGAAGCUUGUCGCACACUUAAAUUUUUGAAAGAAAAAGUUGAUAGAGUUGAUAAAAUUGUUAAAUAUUUAUCAUUAUCCGAUGAAAAACACUAUUCAAAAUUUCAAGAGAUAAUCAAACUAACACGAAAUAUUAUUGUAAGAUUUAUUCAAUUAUAUCCAAUUACUUGGCGAUUAUUAGAUGUUCGCUAUGAUUUAUUGAGCAUUCUCAUUGAAGCGGGCGAACGUAGGCUUAUUAAAUAUGUAUUGUUAAAAGAAAAAAAAGAGAUCGAUUAUUCUCAAAAACCUCAUGAUUAUUUACCAGAUCAGGAUAGUUUAUUACAUGAGAAAUCACUUCAUAUGCCCCAAAUUUCUUCAUGGGAAGGUAAAGGGAAUACGAUUAGAAAAGCCUAUUCAGAUCGUGAUCCGACAUACCUAGGAUAUUUAUUGGAAUAUUAUUCUAAUAAAGCAGUCAAAAAUAUUAGGUGGAUGAUUACAGUUGGUGAAAUUUUACCAGGACUAUAUACUAAGAAGAAUGAAUAUUAUAAGUCGUAUCAACUAUUAUUUUAUAAACGUUGCUUUUGUGAAAAAGGAUUGGAUAUACCAUUUUUUGACUUUCUUGUAAUCCCACAAAGCACACAAAACUCUUUAGUUUUUAUACCUAUAACACAAUUGAUUCCACAGAAUUCUGGGUUGAAAGCAGCUCAGUAG